CCGCCCGGCUGGUGUGUGCGGGAGACAAGAUGGCGGCGGCGGGGGCCGCGGCGUGAGGGGCCGAGCCGACGCUGAGCAGCCGGGGCCGCGGGGGCGCCAUGGCGCUCAACAGCGCCCAGUAUAUUUUUGGGGAGUUCAGCCCUGAUGAAUUUAAUCAGUUCUUUGUGACGCCUCGAUGCUCUGUUGAGCUUCCUCCAUAUAAUGAAACAGUUUCAUGUGGUAUUAAAUCUGCAAGUGAGCUUCACGAUGGGGAAGACUAUCAGAGAAUCGAAUUUGGUGUUAAUGAAGUUAUUAAGACAGAGUCAUCUGUGCUGAAUAACACCGACUACAGUAUUUCAAGCACUCUGAAUCCUCAGGCUCCAGAAUUUAUUCUUGGUUGCGCGCCUACCCAAAAAACUUCCGAUGACAUCCUUGAUGAAACUAACUACAACUCCAUUGACUGCCAGUUUAGUGAUCCUGCCCUUGCUUUGGAUAGCAGUUCUAAUGCUGAAAACGAUGGCCUUUCUGGGGGCCUUGGACAAAGGGAGCGUAAAAAAAAGAAGAAAAGACCCCCUGGAUACUACAGUUACUUGGAAGAUGUCAGUGAUGGCAUGGUUCCCACAGAGGCUCUUGUCAACGGCCAUGCAAAUUCUUCAGGACUGAAUAGUAUAAGCACAGAGGAUACAGAACUUGCAGGAGACAUAGCAUCAUCUGUCACGCCAAGGACUUGUAACAGCCCAGAAAAUUCUGUGGACUUCAUUAAUGAAGCUGUGUCUGAUGAUUCUGUUUCUAGUGCACUAGAUAAUACCAGGACUGCAGGGCAGCCUGAGGUAUGCAGUGUUACUAAUUCUGAACAGUUUUGCAUCCCCUCAGAGACUGGCAGGGAUAGCCCUUUAAGGACAGCUGUUGUACAGCCUUUUGCUGGUACUGAUACUACUGAGAGUCUUGGUGUUACUAAUGGACAAACACUUGAAUCCUCUGGUGAGGGUACAGCUGCCAAUGGUGUAGAAUUGCACACUGUGGAAAGCACUGACUCAGACCAAGCUAAGCCUGAGGAUGCUUCACCUACUACUGAGGCACCAGCCCCGGUUGCAGGAUCUGCCCCUGUUAAUCAGCCUACAAAAUCGUGGGCUAGUCUUUUCCACAAUUCCAAGCCCUCUGCUUCCACAUCUGUGGCCUAUGUUGAGACUAAAUAUACCCCUCCUGCCACUUCUCCUGUGGUCCCUGAAAAACAGGUUGAAGUCAAAGAGGGGCCUGUUCCAGUUGCAGAGGAUCCUGUAGCCAUAAAGAUUGCAGAAUUACUGGAGAAUGUAAAAUUAAUACAUAAACCAGUAUCUUUGCAACCACGAGGGCUGAUCAAUAAAGGAAACUGGUGCUACAUCAAUGCUACAUUGCAGGCCUUGGUUGCUUGCCCUCCAAUGUAUCAUUUAAUGAAGUCCAUUCCAUUGUAUUCAAAAUCACAACGGCCGUGCACCUCAACACCAAUGAUAGACAGCUUUGUUCGCCUGAUGAAUGAGUUCACUAAUAUGCCAGUACCUCCUAAAGCAAAACAAGCUUUAGGUGAUAAAAUUAUGAGAGACAUUCGGCCAGGAGCUGCUUUUGAACCUACGUACAUUUAUAGACUGUUGACAGUUAUCAAGUCUAGUCUGUCAGAAAAGGGCAGACAAGAAGAUGCUGAAGAAUACCUGGGCUUCAUCCUAAAUGGUCUACAUGAGGAAAUGCUCAUCCUAAAGAAACUUCUCUCUCCGCAGAAUGAAAAACUCUCUGUUUCCAAUGGUCCUGAAACACAAACUAUAAAUGAAGAGGAGGAUCCGGAAGAACAAGGAGAAGGUAGUGAGGAUGAGUGGGAACAAGUGGGCCCCCGUAACAAGUCUUCAGUCACUCGACAGGCUGACUUCGUUCAGACUCCAAUUACUGAUAUUUUUGGUGGUCAUAUAAGAUCUGUUGUUUACCAGCAAAGUUCUAAGGAGUCUGCUACUCUGCAGCCUUUUUUCACUCUGCAACUGGAUAUCCAGUCUGACAAGAUACGCACAGUUCAGGAUGCCUUGGAAAGCUUGGUAGCAAGGGAGUCUGUCCAGGGUUACACCACAAAAACCAAACAAGAGGUGGAGAUCAGUCGAAGAGUGACUUUAGAAGAGCUCCCUCCUGUGCUUGUUUUGCACCUCAAACGAUUUGUGUACGAGAAAACUGGUGGAUGCCAGAAGCUUAUCAAGAAUAUUGAGUACCCUGUUGACCUGGAAAUUAGUAAAGAGCUAUUAUCUCCAGGUGUGAAAAGUAAGAUUUUUAAAGGCCAAAGAACCUACCGGCUCUUUGCAGUUGUGUAUCAUCAUGGAAACAGUGCAACUGGUGGCCAUUACACUACAGACGUCUUCCAAAUUGGUCUUAAUGGCUGGUUACGCAUUGAUGACCAGGCUGUUAAAGUGAUAAAUCAGUACCAGGUGGUGAAGCCGUCUGCUGAACGCACAGCCUACCUCCUGUACUAUCGCCGAGUUGACCUGCUGUGAAACUUCCCUCUCUAUGCUGCGUGUGCAAGAUACCUGCUUUGUAGAACGCCAACUAUCACUAACUUUUUUCCUCCUGUAAAUGCUCUUUUGAGUGAAUCCUUUUUUUUCCCCUUGCAACUAUGGGAUAAAGUGAAAAAGGAAACUACCUUGGGGUUUGUGCACAACAUAGCUUGUGUGUUGACGUUUGACUUUAUAGAAUGAAGUCAUUUGGUUGAAAGACUCAGUCUCGUGAAUCUCACAAAAUAAUGAAUUAAGGCUGAAUCCUAAGAUGAUAAAAGGGGAUUUGAAUUCGAUUCCCACCUUCUAAUUGCGUAGUAGAAGAAAACCCUGCACCAGCAACAAAACUUGUAGAUUUCUGUGAAAAUAAGUUUUAUCUUUACUUAAAGCACCCUUUGCUUCCCCAAUAGUUUUUGAUAAAUGGUAACAUAUGAGCCAGGGAGUAUCAGGAGGAAAUGGUCCUGUGUGCUUCAAAACAAUGUAUAAAAGUACCAAAUGCAGAGUUGCUGGUUCCUAAUAGGAAAACACAUUUUAAUAAUUGUGCGAUGAAACUGCUUAAGUACACAUUGCAGAUCAAAUAUUUGGAGUUAAGAUGUUAGUCUAUAUAGAUGGGUGAUUGUAACUUUAUUGCUAUUAAGAGAUUUCAAACUGCAUUUAUGCUUCUGUGUACAUGAGAUUUAAAAAAAAUGGGCAAAAUAAUGAAGAUAUUUCUUUAAGUCUGCUUUGUUUAAUUUUGCUGUCUGCUCUCCUAUAAUGUUGAGUUCCUAAUUGUACACAGUUUAGUGAUAUCUAGGAGUAUAAAGUUGUCGCCCAUCAAUAAAAGUCACAAAGUUGGUUUAAA